CGGAUACAGCACAGGCGACUUUCCCGACGACAAUUGGAUCGGCCAUGUCAAAUGUGACAGUGGCACCCCCCGUGUUCCACUUGGAAUUCCAUUACAAGGAAAUUGACACGAUGCUGGCCGUCGGGUAUGCGGUCGCGACAUUCAUGGGCCUGUGGGCGCUGUGUGCCCACCUCAACAACGUUGCGUCGCGAGACGUCGCGACGACGGGAUUCUACCUGCUCAUGAGCCUUGCCUCCCUUGUCCGCGGUGCAUGGUUCUCCACUCCGUUCAGUAUCCACGUUUCGGGGUAUGUCCCCCAGCGGCUGCAUAUCUUUGACGACGGCUGGACGAUGCUGUUCCUGUCCGAGGUGGCAGAGAUGUUCGGCACCUUUUUUCUCUACUCGAUAUUCAUCCUCAUGGUCGUGUUCUGGGCCGACAUCCUUCGACGAGCGUUUGAGCCCCAUGCGUACGCAGAGUCACAUCCGAUGCGCGUGUUCCUGUCGCUCUUGGUAUUUCUCUUCCUCUACGUGUCCACAGGCUUUGCGCUGUUCGCCCUCGACCGCAUCGAUUCGCUCCUCUUGCUCAUGUACAACGACAUCGCCGUCGCCCUGCUGUCCACUGUGUGCGCCAUAUUUGUCGGCAUCUACUGCUGCCGCAUGCGCACGGUCCUCAUUGCGUUCUUCGAAGUGAGUCAGAUCGAAACCACAGGGCGUAUCCAAACAGUCACGCGCACCGGUAUCCUCUGCGCCACAUUUCUCAUGGCGAAUGCUUGCUUUGCCACGGCCAUGGGGUACCACAUGUAUCAGCUCUUGACCGUCGGGUCGCCCCCGCUUCGUGCGUCCAACGACUCCAUGUCGUGGUGGCUGCUCCUCAUGACCAAGCACUUGGUCGAGAUCUUCGUCCUGUACGCGCUCCUCUUCCUCCUCUGCGGCGCCACGGCAGGCGACAAUGACUCCAAGUCGUCCCAAAGUGACAUCCGCCGCCAAUACGACACCAUUCCGGACGGACCCCAGUUGUCCCCGUUGUCCGAUGCCUCCAUCAUGGCCACCAGACGCCCGUCCUCGCAACGCCAGUUUCGCCUAGAGCAGCCUCCGUCGAAUCCCCCGUCGUCGUCCCGUCACCAUCCUUAGUAUGAUGAGUAUGAGUCGCGCAUUCAUUUUAGCGUCCCACGAUGAAAUCUUCAAACCUCUGUCAAGCAAGCUAACGUAGAAAACCAAUUUAAGGUCACUUUUUCCGAGACGCUGAACGAAGCUCAGCAUGGAUGCAUCAGAUUGUCAAAUUCCGAAAAGUGCUGGAUGAGGCCAAAGCGGAGUAGAUUCGUUGGACAUUCAAAUAAUCGUGUUUUAACGUCUAAUUUGAC